AAAUUAGUGACACUAAUUCCUAAAAUUUCUGUAUUCAUUUCAACCUCACUCAAUCUCAUUCUAUUCUAGCAAUACUGGUGCUAUCGUACGAAUAUUGAAUGUCAUGUACAAGUGGCACUAAUUUUGGCUUUAGCAUGGACUUAAGGAAGAGAAAUUUCUCAGUCUACGCCAUAUGUGAUAUAUUGCGCGUAGGGUUGAUAUGUAGUUAUUACGUAUACUUGCUGUACUUGACAUAUGUGCAGACAGUUAACUUAGAGAAUAUUUUAUACAUUGUAUGUGCGCCCGUGUCGCUGUAUUAUCUCUUAUUUUAAUAAUAUAAGACUGCGAGAAAUACGAUCUAUCGCUCGGGUCUGGUAAACAUGAAAUUAUACCAGUAUUUUAUUCGAAGGGAAUAUAAUAAUGUGCGUGACAUGUAGAGAACGGCAAUAUCCUCGAUGACAAUUGCAAGUAGGAAAACUUCACAAUUAUAGUUUUCAUAAUACGGAGCGGAAAAGAACGUAUAGAACGUAAGAACUCAUAAUGAAUAUCUAAUAGGCUUUAUGUCGAUUUUUUAAUGGCUGCUAUUAAUGGUACUAAGGUUAAGAAAAGUUCAGGUAUGUAAAACUAUAUGCGUAGUCUGUCGUAAGACGUGCUCGGUUACUAAAUGAAAUUUAUUGAGCUUUACAAUAAUAAAAUAUAUGUGACUGAUUUGUUAGUUCUGUUAUAUUAUUAAACGAAGGUUUAAAAGAAAAGAUAUUUCAAGAAAGAGUGCGCGAUAAAUAUUUAUAAAUGUUGCUUUUUAACAUUUACAUGAACAAUAAGAUUUGCGUUACAGUUGAAUAAGUUCCAUUCGAUUCACAAUCGGAGAUUUUAAUGUACGCGAGCUAUGUGGUGGAUGAAUAAAAUUUAUCACGAUCAAACAGUCGCAUGCAGAGUUAAACGUGUGAUUUAAAGCCAGUUUGCGUAAUUUAUCAAUCGCACAAUACAUUUUAUAGAAUGUUAAACUGUCUUCUGUAUUAAAUUUAAUUUUUACUUACUUUCAUAUUAUUAUAUUGUAUGUAUACAGCUCUAUCUAAUAAGAAUAUUUAAAAAUAGACGUUUUCUUCGCAAUGAUUUAAACCACUAUUUUACAUAUAGAAAAAAACUAAAUUUGUAAACAAAAUUGAUAAAUUGUUGAUAAAGUGUAAACUUAAAAUAUGCAAAUUCUUACUCUAAAUUUUUUAAUGUAUACAUUUGGUGGUAUAUGGCGACCGAUUGAAUGGUCAUCAAAUGCUGCCAAUUCACUGUAUAAUAUAUUUACCUGCAUUGUACUAAUUAUGGAAUACUUUUUGGUGAUAACUCAAUUUCUGGAUAUUCUACUUGUUGUCGAUAAUGUUGAUGAUUUUGUUAUUAACUCUUUAAUGUUCAUGAGUAUCAUUAAUGUUGUAUCUAAAGCGACUGUCGUUGUUGUACGUCGUAAUGCGAUUAUUAACUUGGUGCAAAGAUUGUUGAAGGGAUUAUGUAAACCUCAAGAUGAAGACGAAAUAACGAUACAAACAAAAUUUGAUCAGUUUAUCAGAUCGUGGUCAAUAAAAUAUAUAAUUUUGGCAUCAAGCUCUCUUACAGGCGUUACAAUAGGAUCAAUAUUAAAUGUUAUGCAUGGUCAAUUACCUUAUCGAGCAUGGUUGCCAUGGGAUUACAAUAAUGUGCCUCUAGUAUUCUGGGUUAUAUCCAUUCAUCAGAUCAUAGCUUUAAUUUUUGCCACUUUCAUAAAUGUCGGCACGGAAACUCUAGUUUUCGGAUUGUUUAUACAAACAUGUGCCCAGUUUGAAAUUUUCGAAAAUCGUCUUCAUAAGUUAAUAGUUAAUAAAACAAUUGGACAUCUAGGACAUGCACUCUCUUCGUCGAACAAAGACAAAACAGAAAUAUCGAAAUGCGUAUGCCAUCAUCUCAGCAUUUAUAAAUAUGCCAAAUCGGUAAACGUUAUAUUCAAUCAGAUACUCUUUAUUCAAUUCUCUUGUAGUAUAUUGAUACUAUGUACAAGCGUGUAUUACUUAUCAAUACAUAUUGCGGAACUGUCUGGAGUUGCAUCUUUAAUAGUGUACACCAUUUGCAUGUUUGUACAAAUCUACAUUUAUUGCUGGUCUGGAAACGAAGUCAUUCUUAAGAGUAUGAAUACAGGAAACGCUAUAUAUCAUAUGGAUUGGCCAUUAUUGUCAAUUAGCGAAAAAAAAGAAUUGCUAUUAAUCAUGAAGCGUAGUACAAUUCCUAUCAAGUUCACUAGUAGCUUCUUAAUAACUUUAUCUCUUCAGUCGUACAGCAACAUGUUGAAAACGUCAUAUUCCGCAUUUAAUUUACUCAAACACUGUGUAGCUGUUACAUGUAAAUCGACUGUCAUUGUGAUACGUAAUACAAUCAUCGGCUUGGUGCAAACAUUGUUAAACAAAUUACAUAAACCUGAAGAUGAGAAUGAAGUGACGAUACAAACGACAUUUGAUAAUUUUAUCAGAGUUGUUUGUAAAGAAAGAGAUCCAAAUAUGCAAAUACUUUCUCUAAAUUUUUUAUUAUAUACCGUUUGUGGUAUAUGGCGACCUGUUGAAUGGUCAUCAAAUGGUGCCAAGCUACUGUAUAGUGUAUUUACCUUUAUUGUAGUAUUCUCGCAAUACUUUUUGAUGUUAGGUCAAUUUAUGGAUAUAAUUCUUGUUGUUGACAAUAUCGACGAUUUUGCCACUAAUGUUCUAAUGUUCUUGACCAUGAUUGCCGUUUGCUGUAAAGCGACUGUCGUUAUAGUGCGUCGGAAUGCGAUCUUCAACUUGGUGCAAGGAUUGUUAAAAGCACCAUAUAAGCCUCAAGACGAGGCUGAAGUAGCUAUACAAAUAAAAUUUGAUAAGUUUAUCAGAUCGUGCUCAAUAAGGUAUUUACUUUUGGCGUCGUGCUCCGUUACAGGCCUCACGCUAGGAUCGGUGCUAAAUGCUGUACAUGGACGUUUGCCUUAUCGAAUAUGGUUACCAUGGGAUUAUAAUAUACCAUUAAUAUUUUGGAUUUUAGCUAUUUAUCAGAUACUCACUGUAGUUUUCGCUGCUACCAUAAAUGUCGGCACGGAAACCUUAGUCUUCGGAUUGUUUAUACAAACGUGUGCCCAGCUUGAAAUCUUUGAAAAUCGUGUUAAGAAAUUUAUAAUAAAUAAAAUAGUUGGACGUGCACUGUCUUCGUCGAAUACAAAUGAAAUAGGUAUAUCGGAAUGCGUGCAUCAUCAUCUCAGCAUUUACAAAUAUGCUAAAAUGGUAAACAUUCUGUUCAACCAGGUGCUCUUUGUUCAAUUCUUUGCAAGCAUACUGGUAUUAUGUUCAAGCGUGUAUUAUCUGUCACUGCAUAUUACGGAAUUUUCUGGAAUUGCGUUUUUAUUGAUGUAUACUAUUUGCAUGUUUGUACAAAUCUUCGUUUACUGCUGGUCCGGAAACGAAGUCAUACUUAAGAGUAUGAGCACAGGAGACGCGAUAUAUCGUAUGGAUUGGCCACUACUAUCAAGCAACGAUAGAAAAGGAUUGCUAAUGAUCAUGAUACGUGGCACAAUUCCUAUAAAAUUCAGUAGUAGCUUCUUGGUAAUUUUGUCUCUUCAGUCUUACAGCACUAUCUUAAAAGCGUCAUAUUCAACAUUUAAUGUGUUGAGAAACUAAAUAAGUGAGAGGGCAUUUAAACAUCGUAACAAUAUAGUAUUUAAUAAAUUAGCGAUUCUAAAUAUCUUAUAACUUUUGUUUGCACACAUAUUUAUUUCAGUCUUAAUCCCUAUUCCGAUUAUUUAAAUAGUAGCGCACGCAGCAAGCAAGCACGCACGCACGCACGCAUGCACUAAAUGUACACAUGUAACAUACACAUAUAUAAUUUAUUUUGACAUAUAAGCAGAAAUCGUUUUUAGUCGGCCAUUUAUUGAAUAUGAAAAACAUGAUUUUUUUCUUAUUCGUUAUCUGCGACAUUCUUUUGUGGACGUAUCAGAAGUAAAUCCAUAGUUUUUUGGCUUACUUGCCAAAUGGAUAUACGGACAGUUGUGCAAUUAUUAAUUACAGUAAUAUUUAUGCAACAUAUUUGCCUUCAGACUCUUAAUAGUUCUUCUUUUUCUUCUGUAUAUCAAGAAUAAAAUUGGUCAAACAAGGAUCUAUAUCACAAUCAGUGCUUCAAUGUGAAAUGCGAAUUAGUAAUUAACAAGGCAGUUAAUUAUAUAAAACUUUCACCCAUAUCAUCAAAUAAAAAAAAAGUAAUGAUAUUGGAAAUAUAAAUCAUCAUCUCAGCAUUUACAAAGACCGGAACUACGACUUUGCUAAUGUACCUCAUUUGUAUGUUGAUGUUCAUACAAAUAUACGUUUAUUGCUGCUCUGGAAAUAAAAUUAUGCUUAAGAUUCUGAAGAUGUCAUACUCAGCGUAACGUGUUCACAACAAUCUUAAAAUACAGAUAAUCGAAAAUGUGUUUGGAUAUAAUGAUAAUCUUUGAAAAGUUUUUGAUAAAUUAAUAAUUAUAAAAACACUGUAACGUUAAACUAUUAUAUAUGUAGCAUAAAAUGUUAUUUUUGAUUUAAUAGAACAAAUAUUUGUUGCAACAA